CGUUUUCUACUACAAUCAUUUCUUUAAAUUCAAGAUGGAGGCUGUAACUUCGGAGAACACAGCUGGCAUCGCUGGAUACUAUGACCCCGAAAAGACCACCACCGGGGACCACUACCGCUUUUCGGAGACCACUCCCACCUACAUUAGGCACGAAUUCGUCAAGAAGGUCUUUGGAAUCGUUGGAUUACAAUUACUCUUCUCUUAUGGCUUUAUGUUCGCCUGCUAUUACACGGAGCCAGCUCGCCUCUUUUUCCUCAAGAACCGCUGGAUUGGGGUUGUUGGACUUUUGAUUUUUGCCAUAACAUCUUUGGUAGUUGCCUGCAAACCAGCAUCUGUCCACAACACCACCAAUGCGUUUUUGUUUAUUUCGUUCAUGACACUUUUGAUGUCCUUGUACUUGACAUCGUUCUGCGUGGCAUUCUUCCCAUUCGAAAUCUUUAUUGCCUGCGGAAUUACCCUAGGUGUGGUGUUUGCUUUGACCCUGUUUGCCAUGCAAACUAAAUACGAUUUUACCCAAUACCUCACUUACGCUCUCGUGAUUUGCAUUUGUCUGAUAUUCUUUUCCAUAUUCGCCAUGAUUUUCCGCAACAAGGUAUUGAACAUUGUCUAUUCUACAGUCGGAGCCCUGGUUAUAUCCUUUUACUUGCUCAUUGACGUGCAACUCGUUGUUGGCGGCAAAAAGUACGAGUGGACUACGGAUGAUUACGCCUUGGCAUCUAUUGUUCUUUACAGUGACGUUAUCUCACUUUUCAUUCACAUCUUAAGUUUGGUUGGAAACAGUAGCUGAACAUUGUAGCAUACAGCU